AUGGCGGGAACCCGACCACCGCAAAAUCCUAAGGAUGGAACCCAACAACCAUCAAAGCGCAAUGGCAGAUACAUUACUCUCGCUUCUUCAACUUCCCUUCUCUCCCAUUAUCGUGUCCCACUCUCCAGCCUCUUUAUUCAAGCAAGAACACUACCCCUCCAAGCUAUUUUCUCUUGGCCUCAGGUGUCAUGCAUGGAGGCAUCCCCUGUUAGAGGUAGCAGGGUUGUAUUUGUCCAAAAGUUUGUUAUGCGCUUUUUAGCAUUUUCUGACUCACAAGCAUUCAUGUGUUUUUUGAAGGAAAAUUUGAAGGAUAUCAGAAAUGUUGGCCCUCCAAGCAGCAAACUUGGGUCAGAUGUUUCACCUCCAUCUGAGUUUAUCUCUGCAAAUGGAAUUUAUGGCAGAGGUGCUGAAAAAUUAAGCAAUGCAAAUCCUGUUGGCAGUAGUAAACAUCCAAUACGGUCUUCAUCCACUAUUGGAAGUUUGCAGUACACAUGCCUUGAGGCAACUGCACUUGCUCAUGACUCAGAAGCUGCCUGGGCAACCUUGCCUCUCAGCUUUUCUGCUCUCCUCUCAGACUCUUGCAUGGAGGCAAAACAAGAAUCACCAACAGUACCUAUGACACAUGGCUCCCAAAUGAUGUCUUCAUCAAACAAUGGAAGGAUGCAAUAUACAUAUCCUGAGGCAACCAAACUUUCUCAUGACUCAGGAGCCAAAUUUGUGACUUUGCGAUCCAGCAUUUCUGCUCAUCUCUCAGGCUUUUGCACUGAGGCAAAACAAGGGUUGCACGACAGGGUAUGGUCAUAUGACCGCAAUUUUGAGAUGGGAGAAAGGAGUGUUGCAAGACCUGCCAUGGAUUGUACUUCUGUUCUCGGAAAAUUAAUAGUAAGGCACUUGACAGUUGAACAGGAGGAUGGAGUUACUGUGGAGAUACAUAGAUGGAGGUGCCAUGGUCCUAGCUCUCCUUCAUUCCCCACUAUUCCUGAUGGGAACCCUAAAAACCUUGGACCACUAUUUUACACCUACACCUACCUAGCUAGUGGGCUUAAAAAAGAGCUCGCAGAAACAUGCAUGUUUGAUGAAGCGCACGGAGGGGUUCCGAUUGGUUGUUGGAUAGAUUGGGCUACUAGAUCGAUUGUUGGUCGGUUGUUGGAUUGCUUUGCUACGGUUGGUUCGAGUUGGCGAAGGGCUAAUGAGGUUGGCCUCGAACUACUAAAAGCACUAAACUGGUUGGAGGUGGACGAUGUGGUUGUUGGAUUGACUAGAGGUGUAGAUCGGACCGAACUAGGCUACAAAAAAGCCGGCUUAGUUAAAUCAACAAAGGAUGAAGGAGGAAGUUACCACGAUCGAAAGAGGUAUAAUUGGAGGCUAGAGGAGAUUGAUCGGUGA